AUGAUGUCCCAGUCUCUCAGAGCUUCCCGCUCUCUCUUCACCCGCGUCUCUCGGCAACAGGUUUCUGUUGCCCGCCGCACUUUCCUGACUUCCGCUAUCCGUCAGGCCGACCCUGUUCAGGACCUCUACCUCCGUGAACUCCGCGCCUACAAGCCCACCCCCGUCAAGGCUGGCGAUGCCGAUGCUCACGUCCUGAAGUUCUCCCCCCCUGCCGCUCCCCAGUCCCCCGAGGAGGCCAACCUUGCCAGUGAGCUGAAGUCCUACGAGAGCCAGGAGGUCGAGGUUGAGGGUCAGGCCGCCGCUGGCGAGGCUGCCCCCGUUGAGGAGAGCUGGUUCGAGGAGGAGGAGGAGACUCCCGCUGCCCACUAGGUUGCUUGUCUCGACGGCAAGAUAGAAGGAUAUCUCGGGGCUAAUGGGCAAACGUGAUGAGACCGAUGUGAUGAGCCGUCUCCCGGUUGUUGUGCCUCCGAAGGUCACUUUGUAAAUUAAAACCUAUUUGGAGCAUAUGAAGUUCUUUUUCUUUCUUUGAAUUUGAAUUGGUAUGUGCAGUCAUGGGAUGGUUUGUACUGUACUAGGUUGAGACUGCAUGCCGUGUUGUGGGAGAGUAUCAUGUUAUACCUGCCCCGUUAACCUCAAAGCCAGCCACUGAACAUUUACCCCAGAGCAGGCUAGGCAACAGAAAUUGGCAAGCCUAAGGCCACUGCACUGGGGAUGUGGCGGUAGGGCGG